UGUGUGUGUGUGUGUGUGAGCCUCCACUCUGUUCUUCCUGAGCCCACGACUACAGGGGCUGGAGCCGAGGAGGUGGAGAGUCGGUCCUGGGGCCCAGGAAGGGCAGGAGGGACAAACUCAGCCUCUUCUGAGAGUUUUACCUCCUUCUGCCUGCACUCAGUAUUUCUGGGCAAGAACAGCAAAACUUUUCCCAGAUGAAGAGGACUUGCCUGUUUGUCCUGGGGGUCUACCUGCUGUCCUCCUGCAGGGCAGAAGAGGGCCUGAACUUCCCCACCUACGAUGGCAAGGACCGCGUGGUGAGUCUCACCGAGAAGAACCUCAAGCAAGUCUUGAAGAAAUAUGACCUGCUCUGCCUCUACUACCAUGAGCCGGUGUCUGCCGAUAAGGUGGCUCAGAAACAGUUCCAGCUGAAAGAGAUUGUGCUGGAGCUCGUGGCCCAGAUCCUGGAACACAAAGACAUAGGCUUUGCCAUGGUUGAUUCCAAGAAAGAGGCCAAGCUUGCCAAGAAACUGGGUUUCACUGAAGAAGGAAGCCUCUACAUUCUGAAGGGCGAUCGCACGAUUGAGUUUGAUGGCGAGUUUGCAGCUGACGUCCUGGUGGAGUUCCUCCUGGACCUCAUUGAAGACCCAGUGGAGGUCAUCAGCAACAAACUGGAGGUCCAAGCCUUUGAACGCAUUGAGGACCACAUCAAACUCAUUGGCUUUUUCAAGAGCGAGGACUCAGAGUACUACAAGGCCUUUGAGGAGGCAGCUGAACACUUUCAGCCUUACAUCAAAUUUUUCGCGACCUUCGACAAAGGGGUGGCAAAGAAAUUGUCCUUGAAGAUGAAUGAGGUUGACUUCUACGAGCCAUUUAUGGAUGAGCCCGUCGCCAUCCCUGACAAACCUUACACAGAAGAAGAGCUCGUGGAGUUUGUGAAGGAGCACCAAAGACCCACCCUACGUCGCCUACGCCCAGAAGAUAUGUUUGAAACAUGGGAAGAUGACUUGAACGGGAUUCACAUCGUGGCCUUUGCAGAGAAGAGUGACCCAGAUGGCUACGAGUUCCUGGAGAUCCUGAAACAGGUCGCCCGGGACAACACGGACAACCCUGACCUGAGCAUCGUGUGGAUCGACCCGGACGACUUUCCUCUGCUUGUUGCCUACUGGGAAAAGACUUUCAAGAUUGACCUGUUCAAGCCUCAGAUCGGGGUGGUGAAUGUGACAGAUGCCGACAGUGUCUGGAUGGACAUUCCAGACGACGAUGACCUGCCCACAGCUGAGGAGCUGGAAGACUGGAUCGAAGAUGUGCUUUCUGGGAAGAUAAACACUGAGGAUGAUGACAUUGAAGACGAUGAUGAAGAUGAUGACGAUGACGAUGACGAUGAUAAUUCUGACGAGGAGGAUACUGAUGACAGCGACGAGGAUGAUGAGUAGUCCCGACUCCACCUGGCUUCGAUGGACACGAAACCACGGCUGCCCACUUCCACACGGACGGCCCAGCCAGCCUCCCCUCCCUUCCCCAGCGUGUCCCUGCCCACCUGCUCCGCACCGGGAGUGGCACACCUCAGCAAAUGGCUUUCCAAACCCAGUCCUCCCACUCAGCAGGGACAAGGGGGGAACUAUCCCCAGGCUGACUGUCUGACUGUCACAGAGAAGCCCCCGUGCCUUGUCCGACCAUUCGCGGUCAGGGCAGUGCCAGAAUCCGGCCGUCUCGGGAGAAUACUGCCCAACACCCCUGCUCAAGUUUACUUGUCGUCCUUGACUCUGGCAGCCACAGAACUGACAGCUGGCUAACUCGCAGGUGUGGAGUGACCCUAUUACCGUCAGAGCCCAGGGAAGACACACAGCGGAUCCACAGAGCCCCGUGCCUGGGACCUCAGUGAGGAGCCCUCUCGUGGAUGCUCGGCCUUGGAAACAAGUUUACCCAUCGGCUCCUCUCGGCUCUAUUAACCUGAUUCUUUGCAGUGCAGGCCAGACCAGUAUGAACGCAGGUGCAAGCUUUUGGAUGAGACGUCAUCGUCUUUUCUAGAUGUUAGGAUACUGGGGUAGAAGCUUGAUUUGCUCUCUGAACUUGCCUUUGGGUGGCAAGUCUCCCCUACACACCUGGGCAUGGGGAGAACGGGAAGAAUGAAAGGGUUCUAUCCAUUUGGGUGGGUUUGUGUCCCCGAUCGGGUCAGCUGGCUUCCUGGCCUGAGCUCCGAUCCGGACACCCCUCCUCUGCCUUCCCGUUUGGAGUGCAUCCAGGGAUCGGUCUACCCACGAGUCACUCCGCGCUCAUCGGCACUCCCACAGCUGACCAGGACAGCAAUAAACAGGGUCGCAGCGGUGCCCCGAGGCCCUAAGGAAAAAACAACCCCAAGUGCCUUCUGAACUCUCUGAAAAUUACAUCGUGCUCGGUAGUGUUAGCGUUCAGUGUGGAUUAUAAUGUUUUAAUUUAUUUUCUCAGUCUUUUAACAUGAGCAAGACACUGCAAAUUCUUUGCAAAUGGGGCAAUCCUUUUGUGGAAUACUAGCUAACUAACUCAUUAAAGUCAUAUUUUGAGAAUA